UCAAUGUUCGCCUUCAACAUGACGACUGGCAACAACUUGCCGGAUAGCACCAAGCAGCCGAUUUUCCUCCCGCCGCAGGCAGACACGCCCCUUACCGGCCGUUCUUGGGGCCUCGCCCUGAACUACCGCUGCAAGCCUAUCUCCAGGCUGGGCGACUUCCAGAUGUUGAUCAACCGGUUCAACCUCACGACUAACGGUUAUUUCAAUGGAUCCUGGACUUACCCCGAAUCCGGUGAUACUCAGAUACAAAAACAAACUCGCAGCUUCCCGCCCACUACUUCUACGAGGUCCCCGGUCUCCCAGGGCCACAAUUUCCGUCUUAACAGACAACUCAUCCAUUGCGUCGACACGCGCGGGGUUCACCAUGGUUUCCGAGGUUGGGCUUAGCUCCGGAGUAUACAGCAUGAUGAACGGCAAUGACCGGGGCUAUAGAGGCAAAUACGGCGGUCUCGGAGCACAGGACGUCCUGGAAGUCCUUCUUUGGCAGCGCCGAUGGCCAGACCGGGUUUGGGCUCCCGGGAUUAUUCAAGAACUCUAUGGCGAGUACAAGGAUUUGCAAGCGAGAGGCAACCAAUCUGGAUCAAAGUACCUGGAGCAAAUCGCAGUUCAGUGCAUAUCAUCCUCUGCGAUGGGAUCGGCCACGCCCGACGGGAUCACCGACACAUACUGGGAUUUCCGACAGGAGGAUGAUGCCGCCUUUGACAAGACGUCUAUGAUGCCGGACACUUGGAACGUCCCGCGCCUUAGCAUGGCUGUUCCUGCCAUGUUCAUUCCCGGAAUAAGAGGGAGCGGCUUCUACGAUCUCCCCGACUGGUCUCACGAUGCGUCACCGCAAUUCGCCCCCUGAGCAAAUCACACCCAUGGGUUCCCCGCGGAGUCGAUUACCGCCGCACCGACUCCAACAAAAGCGAAUUUGUUGCCCUGCCUGAUCUGAUCGUAUCACUCCUCACGGCUGGCGGCGUGGACAUAAGUACGCGCUAUGGAGAGCCUGGUUACCGCCAAUACCAGAGAUACGUCCAGCCACAGACGUUACAGCGAGCUUUGGAGCUCGCGUAUCUACAUACGGCUGUCCAACUCCUGUACGG